AUGCUGCGUCGUAGUUCCCAAGCGCUGCUGAGCUCUGUGGCCCGUGCGCGUGGCCCGCGCAGCCCCGCGUCGACGCCAUACGAAGACCAAAACCGCCACCGCAGCGACGCCGAGUUGCGGAUCGCAAAGGUACCGGUCGUCGAAGUGGCCGCCAGUGUGGCAGUGUGUGACGGCGGGGGCGGCGCGCUGGGCCACCCGGUCGAGUACAUUCAGCUGGACACGCGCACGCAGAACAGUCCCCAGACGUGCAAGUACUGCGGCGUGCGGUACAAGAUGAAGGAGGGGUACCAUGGCGGCCACUAA